UAUUCUGAAGGGAUCCCACCAGAAGCGUUAGGCGUGUUUCUUCCGGUAGCUCGGUUAGCUUGCCGUUAGCAGAGUGUGCGGGCAGGAGGAAGCUUCUGCGGGAUUCAGGGAACCAACAUGGACAGCCAAGGGAGGAAAGUGGUGGUCUGUGACAACGGAACCGGGUUCGUCAAGUGCGGCUAUGCAGGCUCCAACUUCCCCGAACACAUUUUCCCGGCGCUGGUUGGCCGGCCAAUCAUCCGCUCCACGGCUAAAGUCGGCAACAUUGAAAUCAAGGACCUGAUGGUGGGGGACGAGGCCAGCGAGCUGCGCUCCAUGUUGGAGGUGAACUACCCCAUGGAGAACGGCAUCGUCAGGAACUGGGACGACAUGAAGCACCUGUGGGACUACACCUUCGGCCCCGAGAAACUCAACAUCAACUCGCGCGACUGCAAGAUCCUGCUGACCGAGCCGCCCAUGAACCCCACCAAGAACAGGGAGAAGAUUAUAGAGGUGAUGUUUGAAACGUACCAGUUCACAGGAGUUUAUAUCGCCAUCCAGGCCGUCCUCACGCUCUACGCUCAAGGUUUGCUGACCGGCGUGGUGGUCGACUCUGGUGAUGGCGUCACUCACAUCUGUCCGGUGUACGAGGGCUUCUCGCUGCCCCACCUGACCCGACGCCUUGACAUUGCGGGGAGGGACAUAACACGCUACCUCAUCAAGCUGCUGCUGCUGCGAGGAUACGCCUUCAACCAUUCGGCUGACUUUGAGACGGUGCGGAUGAUGAAGGAGAAGCUGUGCUACGUCGGUUAUAACAUCGAACAGGAGCAGAAGCUGGCGCUGGAGACCACCGUGCUGGUGGAGUCGUACACGCUCCCCGACGGCAGGGUGAUCAAGGUGGGAGGUGAGAGGUUCGAAGCCCCCGAGGCGCUGUUUCAGCCUCACCUCAUCAACGUGGAGGGCGUGGGUGUGGCCGAGCUGCUCUUCAACACCAUCCAGGCCGCAGAUAUCGACACCAGGUCUGAGUUCUACAAGCACAUCGUCCUCUCCGGAGGCUCCACCAUGUAUCCCGGCCUGCCGUCCCGCCUGGAGCGCGAACUGAAGCAGCUGUACCUGGAGCGAGUGCUGAAGGGAGACGUCGACAAACUAUCGAAAUUCAAGAUCAGGAUAGAGGACCCCCCUCGGCGUAAACACAUGGUGUUCCUGGGCGGCGCCGUGCUGGCCGACAUCAUGAAGGACAAGGACAACUUCUGGCUGACGCGGGAGGAGUACCAGGAGAAAGGGAUGCGAGUGCUGGAGAAGCUCGGAGUCACCGUCAGAUAAAACACAAACAAACACUUCCCACUCCCCCACACACACACCCACCCACCGUCCCUCCAUCUACCCCCCCCCAUCAACUGAUAUCCAUGCAUCGCUUAUCUUGAUGUGUCUGGAUGGUCACACUGUGUCUUCGAUUCACGCUCGUUUUGAAAAGAGGGACGGAUGGAAGGAGGGAGGAAGGAUGUGGAGUUGUGGGAAGUUGUUUAAUAUUUGCCCAACGACACAAAAAAAAUACUGAGAAUUAGGUUUUUGAGAUGUAGUGCCAUAAAGUGCUUCAGCGCCGUUCAAAGGAACAGUAACACUUGAGGAAAAUAUGCUUAUGUGCUUUCUUGGUGAGACUUAGAUGAUAAGAGUGAUGCCACUCUUAUAUCUGCCAUUCAAUAUGAAGCUGGAGCCAGGAGACGGUCAGCGUAGCUUAGCAUAAAGACGAGUAUGAAGCUUCAUGUUUUAGGGAGCGGGUUUCUGUGCUGGACCGUUUCGACUCGUCGUCGCCGCGAGCGAGGAUUUCUAAACGUUGUCCUUUUACUGUUCAGCCGCCGUAACGUAGAUGACGGGAGAGAAGAGAUGAUAAAAAUGUUCCCAGAAUUCCCAGAGAACCGGUUUGUCCAAUAUGCCUCCGAGCUUAUUGAUUAAACUUUUAUCAUUGUCGGCAUGUUUUCCUGACAGUUGCACUUUGCAUGAAAAGAAGUUAAACUCACAACAUGAAGGACGAAGAAAUGGUCCAAAAACUCAAAGCUGUUUCUCCGCUGUAUUCAGACUUUAGAGGUUAUAAAACAGUUGAGUUGAUCAGGAAUCAAUAAAUAAAUAAAUGUGCAGCCUGCAGACACGACUCAGGGCUAAGACAGUGCUUCACCUCCUCUGCCUGUUUUUUUUUUUUUGGGGGGUAAAUCAUGUUUAUGAAGUCCGGUUAACAAUGUUGAGGUUCACGUAGCAACAUCUGUUUGUUAUUUAUCCAUUAAUUAAUGUAGUUAUAUGAUGAUUGUUAUGAAAUGUGCAAUAACCGAUUUCUAUAACUAUCUCGAUGAAGUCCUAAUAAUCACAGAACGGUGCUGGAUGGGUACAGGUGGGUUUAUGUUACCUUUGGGCAGAGCUAGGCUAGCUGUUUCCCUCUGUUUCCAGUCUCUAAGCUAAGCUAACUUUUUGAUGGUGAAGCUGGUACCACACGCCUACCUGUGCAGUAAAUAUCAGCCGGUUAGCUUAGCUUAGAGACUAAACUUGAUUAUCUCGGAAGCAGAAAUAAGCAUAUUUCCCAAAAUACCGACCUAUUCCUUUAAAGAUUAAAUCAUUAAAUCGAUGGCGUUAAAAAAAGUUCAAACUCAUCAGUUAACUUUGAUAAAGUGGAGAUAUUCUAAGAGCCCGAAUGAGUGAUUAAUUAUUAUUAUUACUAUUAUUAUUAUUGUUAUUGUUAUUAAUGAUGCAUUUGAGUUCCUUUCCAAAAACGAGACCUUGAAAACCGCCAUGUGAAAAAUGUGUCACCUAAUCUGUCGAAACAGAUGCUGGCAUUAAAACGAAUGCUCAGUGUGGAGCGCUGCAGAGAUAUCUGAGCGAAUAGAUCCUCACAGACUGCGUCUUUUAAAAUACUGAUUGUCAGAUAACAUCCUCCCCCUCCCCAUCCCCUCGCUGUCCCUGUCAGGACGCCAUUUUUAACUCCUCGUUUGUCUUAAUUUGCGUCUUGGUUGGGACGUUUGCUUGCUUCGUGAGCAGUUUGCAUCCUCCGCGAGAGAGUGAAUAUGAAGAUGUGAGAUGAACACAUGGGGAAGGUUUGAUUUGUGGUGGGGAGGUUUUUGGAAGCAGGCCAGUUGGAGCUUUUAACAGGGUUUGAUUUUGGGCGUCUCUGUAUCCAGUUUAUCACCAACCAAUCUCAGAUCACACGGGACUGUUUCCAUUCCUCAACGAAGCAUCAAGUCAUUCCUUAGUCUCGACCCAGGAUUGUCUUAUCAGCGUCCUGGAUCGCCGCCUCCACAAGGUCGGACAUUUCAGUCACUGAGCAGCUCUUAAAGUUUGCUUCAGGAAGAGUAAAUUAAAAGUAUGAACUGGGCUGCGUGGUAGCCGUCGUUUUAUUGACGUUAGGGAGGUUGUAAAGUAGAGCUGAUCAGAUACUGAUGCCAGUAGCAGUAAUUCCUCCCAUACGGCCUAAAAUGUGGGCAAAAAUGGGAUUCAACUCUUUUCAGCUUCUGAUGGAGGACAAGUCUUUACCAAGAUUGCUCUACAGGCGUCAAAUGUUUGGUAAAAACUUUACCAUUCAUGUAGUAUUAGUUCUUUUCCUGACAGGUUUUAUCUACUUACAGCUCAGUGACUGAAAUGGAUUCAGGGCUGUGAUAAUAUGUGCUGGAUCAUCACUUCUCUUGUGACAUUCAUGCACCGUGCUUUCAAUUCCACUGAGGCUCCAUCAGCUUCUCCUUUAUUUUAUAUAUUUCUGACACUUUUGCUUCUUUUUAUGUUCCUGAACGUCGAUGUGCUUUUUGUUUCAGAGUCCGGGCUUCUGCCUUUGGCUCUGAGGGACUGUUAAUCUUCUGAUUGUACAGCUGUUUGCUGACCUGUAUCAUUCAAUGAGGGGUCACUGUCGUCACAGUAACAGCCGUCAUUUUAAAGUCUGGGGAACAAACUGAUUGGCUGGUCCUGGGUCAGAUGUUUAGGGCCAAAAUGAAACAUAUCCUGGUUUAAAGGGUUAAUUUGGGUUUGUUUGAAGCAGGGUUGGAUGAGGAACUGAUCAUGGAAGCUAAUCGGUGUACUUCUGUGGACGGAGGCAGCAACAAAGUGUAGUUUAGUCACCAAAGACGUUAUAGCCUUAUAUCGCUCCACCAGACUCCAUUGAUAUAAACAGGGAUUUUAGCUCACCGCUGCCUCGAUCAGUUUGUGUUAUCGUGCGACUUUAUUACGUCAGUUUGGAUCCGAACUAACGUUAACUGUCCGCGGUGGACCUGCAACUCCCGAGUCCUGCCGCAGAGUUACUGUGGUUUUGUAUGUUUCAUUAGUUUUUAUUCCUAUUUUGCUUUUAAAUUUUUGUUCUAAAUUCAGUUCAGUUUAGUUUCUAUUGUUUAAUAGUUUUUUUUAUUAGUUUCAGUGUAUCUAAAUUAUUUUAUUUUAGUUGGUUUUGUAAGUGCACAAUAUCAUUUUUAUUUUAUUUUAGUUAAGUAAAAAGAUUUUCCAGGACUAGUUUUAGUUAUAAGGACCUUGGUUCUAAGGUAAAAUGACUGUUUUUGUCAAUGGAGUCUGGUGGCGUUGAAGAGAACGUGGAUGAAGGCUGCUUUUCCAAAACUGUGCCGACCUCCGUCUACUGCAGCCAAUACACCGACUGAUGGAUAAACACCUCAUUCAAACCCCACUUCAAAUAACCCGAACUAACCCCGUGAGAGGAAACCCAACGAUAGGAAAUAAUUCCAUGUCUGGAUCCAGAAGGGGAGAAGGAGGUUGUGGAUGGAAGAGUCCAACUGUUGGGACCAGAAAUGAUCUCAGUGGUUGAGGCCGAGUGGAGUAUUUUUAUUGACCCCACAUGAAUAAUUACUGAGACUUCUGCUGAUGAAGAGUCGGCUCCAUUUCCAUUCCACUGAUUGUGAAUCUUACGGUUUUCUAUCUCCUCGUGGCCACUCUUCUUCCUCCUCCUCCUCCUCCUCCUCCUCCUCGGUCUUGGCUGUACUGAAGAUGAAUUUGUGGGUUUGGGGUUAUGGGAGAGGGUGAUUUGUGUGGGUUACUGAAAUAUUAUUUGUAAUAUUAAUAAGAAUCUGGUGGCAGGAAAUGGAGACCACGUAAAAGCUGGUAUUUGUGGUUUUCCGUCGCGGUUCUUAUGUGUAUAUUGGAGGCACUUUGGCUCACACAUAUAAAUAUAAAUGUAUAAUUUCCUCCUGACAACACGGUCAUCAAGUGCCAAGCACAGUUAUUCUUGCUGGAUAUUAUUUUUGGUCGUCCUUUUUAUGUUUUGUUUAUAGCAUAACUGCCAAACCGCUGAUUUAAAUAAAGCAAAGUGAUUUAUAGAC